AGCGUGUGAGCUAGUUGUGCUACUGUUCACAUUUUAUGACCUUCCCACUUGAUAUCAACUACCUGGAGGUUUCACUCUGCCCCUCGUCGAUUUAAACUGUGUGUAGCUCCAAAAACAUGGCGGCCCUCAAAGCUUUUUGCAGAGCAGAGAAAGCACUCUUCAAAAACCUCGCAGGUCUUCGCAGAACCGAACUAAACUUCGCUAGCCACCAGUUCAGCAAGACUUGUGGCUGUUACUUUUCCACCUCCAGCAUCAAAAGUUCAAAGUUCUACACAGAUCCUGCAGAGGCAGUAAAAGACAUCCCCAAUGGAGCCACCGUUUUAGUUGGAGGUUUUGGAUUAUGUGGUAUUCCAGAAAAUCUAAUCAACAGUUUACUGAAGACUGGAGUCAAGGGUCUCACUGCCGUCAGUAACAACGCAGGAGUGGAUAACUUUGGCCUGGGCUUGUUGCUCCAGACAAAGCAGAUCAAGAGGAUGAUUUCCUCUUACGUCGGAGAAAAUGCAGAGUUUGAGCGGCAGUAUUUGUCAGGGGAGUUGGAGGUGGAACUUACACCACAGGGUACUCUCGCAGAACGGAUCAGGGCAGGAGGGGCUGGGAUUCCAGCCUUCUUCACAGCCACUGGCUAUGGCACCUUGAUCCAAGAGGGAGGCUCUCCUAUUAAGUACAACAAAGAUGGCAGCAUUGCCAUUGCAAGUGAAAAGAGAGAGGUGCGGGAGUUCAACGGCAGGCACUACAUCAUGGAAAAAGCCAUCACUGGAGAUUUCGCACUGAUCAAGGCUUGGAAAGCUGACAAGGCAGGAAACAUUGUUUUUAGAAAGACAGCCAGAAACUUCAACCAGCCCAUGUGCAAAGCAGCCCAAACCACUAUUGUCGAGGUGGAGGAGGUGGUUGAUGUUGGGACGUUUGCUGCAGAGGACAUCCACAUACCCAGUAUCUAUGUCCACAGGAUUGUUCAGGGAGCCAGCUACGAAAAAAGGAUUGAGAAACGUACAGUGAGAAAAGGACAAGAGGAGAAGCCUAAGCCAAAGAAAGAUUCAGACAUUGUUCGGGAAAGGAUCAUUCGCAGGGCUGCUCUAGAAUUUGAAGAUGGGAUGUAUGCUAACCUCGGUAUUGGUAUCCCCAUGCUGGCCAGCAACUUCAUAAAACCAGACAUUACUGUUCAUCUCCAAAGUGAAAAUGGACUUUUAGGACUGGGGCCGUACCCCACAGAGGCCGAAGUGGAUGCAGAUCUGAUAAAUGCUGGGAAGGAGACUGUAACUGUGCUCCCUGGAGCUGCGUAUUUCUCCAGUGAUGACUCAUUUGCCAUGAUCCGUGGGGGUCACAUCAAUCUGACAAUGCUGGGAGCCAUGCAGGUGUCAAAAUUUGGAGAUCUGGCCAACUGGAUGAUCCCUGGCAAAAUGGUGAAGGGAAUGGGAGGAGCCAUGGAUUUGGUGGCUAGUGCUGGAACUAAAGUUGUGGUCACCAUGGAGCACUCGGCUAAGGGAGGAAAGCACAAAAUAUUGGAGAAGUGCAGCCUGCCUUUAACAGGGAAGCAAUGUGUGGAUCGAAUCAUCACAGAAAAGGCUGUGUUUGAUGUCGAUCAGACCAAAGGUCUGACUCUGAUUGAAGUGUUUGAGGGACUUACUCCUGAGGAUAUCAAGGCAUGCACUGGCACAGAUUUUGAGGUGUCUCCCAGCUUGAGGCCCAUGCAGCAAAUUUAAAGGUUCCAGUGGCUGCUUUUGAAGGUGUGCCUUGGCUUGUGACACUUCUUAUUUGUGCUAAACAAAGUUACCGGUAAGCAUAUUUCAGAUCAGAUGAGUUCAUUUCUUUGGUAAUCAGCAGGCAAAUGUCAAAAGGAUUUACUCGGCAGAGUCAGCAGCUGAAUAACUUGAAGCCCACAUGCAUUGUUCUUAUUGUGUUACCUGAAAAUGACACAGUUAUGUAAUUCAUUUUCGCUCUCCUGUUGGCAGCUGUUACCAAUUUGUCCAUUUGUAGAUUACAAACUAGACUUAACUCUGUACAAGCUCUUCAAAAUGGAAAAUGCAAGUUUUUGAACAUAAUAAAUGCAAUAAAAUGGAAUCAAUUACUGUAAAAUGUAGAAGGAUGCAUUUAAAGUGUAAUUCAUUUAAUGAACAGUGAUUGUGUUCAAGUGAUUGUAUCUCGAUGAAAGUAGUUUGUAUGCAUCAUUUUCAACUUGUUUUGCAUCAAUGAACAAAGGCAUUUUGACAUUAUGCAUAUAUUGAAUUAUACAUUUCUUGUCCCCUUUUGGGAAAUAAGGACGAUUUAGUAAUAUGGGUUUGACUGAAACAUUUGGAAGAAUCACAUCUGCAAUAAGUUCAACAUUUUUUUCAGUAACUCGUAUUAUUCAAACAAGCAGUGGGCCUUAAAAAUUGUUACAUUUGUUUUUGUUCAUUUGUACAUAAACUUCAAUAAAC